AUGUUGUACCUGACGAAGGUGAUCACCAACGCCUGCCUGGCGGUGGUGAACUGCGGGCUGUGUUUAUCGGCGACGAACCUGGCGAGAAUGAUGCUGGUGAGAGAUUUCAAGAUAUGCCCAGAGGGGUACAUCAUGUGCGAGAAGGAGAAGUGGUACUUCGCAAGCUUCUACUUCACUCUCUUCAUGAGCGCUUUCCUCGGGUGUCUCAUUACGCUAUACUUUAAGAGUUCCAACCGAAGAAAGGCACUCAUGGGAGUGCACUAUCUCUAUAUCAUUGGAAGCUUAUUAACAGUAUAUAGUUCCCCUCACAUAGUUAUAUUUUUAUCCUCUCAAGCGCUUUUUGGACUAGCCAUUGGAGCAUCUGUGGUGAUUGUAUCUUGUUACAUUUUAGAGUACACCCCGAAGGAUCACAAGAAAUACUAUGGGUUCUACAUGCAGAUAUUUUUCGCACUAGGGUUACUGAUUAGUCACCUUUUCGGAGCCAUGUAUGCGAAUAUGCGCUUCUCCAACCCGAAGACGACAUAUUGGGUGUUGACUGUGCUGUAUAAAGUGCACUUGGCGUUACCCUUACUCUUCAGUUUGGUGUCUCUGCUUCUCUUCUCUUUCGUAUUUACUCUGGACACACCACAACAUCUGUACGAAUCAAAGAAAUUUGAAACGUAUGAAAAGUCCAAGACCAAAUUGAACAUAAAAAAUUUUGACGAGACGGAAGAAUAUCACAGAAAUGAAACGACAAAGGAAGUGAGCUUACUAGGAAAGGAUAUGCCAAUAGUGAAUUUUUUUCAAAACGAAGCGUUACGGAAGACUUCCUUUGUAGCGAUGCUGCUCUGUUUUCUUUACUCUCUUAAUGGAUCAUUCCUAUUUUUCAAUUCUAUGUUUUUCUUUUUCAAGGCUUUCUCUAGCACCAAGGCUAAUACAUUUAUCUCAGUUGCCUUUAUGUCUCUUUACCUUAUUAGCUCCAUCGUCUCUACAAGAUUGAUUCAGACAUAUGAGAGGAGGGAUCUCUUAAUUACUGGCCUGGUUGUACAAGGCAUUUCAGCAGCAUGUUUAUUUGGCUCCUACUUCCUUGAUUUUACAAGCCUUCUACACAAAGUUAUGCUGAUUGGUGCGAUCGCUGCCUAUUUUAUCGGCUUGUCCUUAGGGUUUGGACAUAUGAUUUGGAGUCACGUGUUUGAUUCAUUUCCUAAAGAGUGUAAAGUCGUCGCUGCCUUCUUCUCCUACUACGCUCUUUUCCUUGGUGCCUUCUUCAUUUCUGUAGUGUUUGAGUUCAUAAGCAUGAAGCACUACUACUACCUCUUCCUCCUUGGCCUGAUUUCUCUUUCCAUCUCCAUCGUUUGCUUCAACAAGUGCUACACGUACGAAAGGGUGGCCAUCGUUAGGCACGACUCUGUGGAGGAAUAA